UUUUAUUCUUUGAGAAGCAGCUCCCAAGGGUUGACAACGAUGGGCUCAUAACAGCGCCAGAAAAUCAAUUUAGAUAUGGAUUUGCCCAUAAUCGUAGCAGUUGCUCUUAUUUUCAACACUGUCGUCUGCACUGACGUCAACAACGUCCAUCAAAACAACAGCGUCGUCGAAGAUGUUGUUACACUCCCGUUUACUGAAAAACCAAGCCAGCAAAAUGCGGGAAUCAGGCAUUACCUAAAGGCUGAUUUCCCACCAAGAAUUAGACCCUCAAAUAGAGCUUCGCCAUCAGAAAAGACACAAGCUGAAAAGUUUGCGGCAGAAUUUCAACAAUGGGCUGACUACAACUACAAAAGAAGACCCCCGUCAGGAAAUGGUCCUUCACCUGGCGGUAAUAACCCUGGAGGGGAUAAUAACCCAGGAGGGGGUAAUAACCCAGGUGAGGGUGAUACCCCAGGAGGGGGUAAUAUCCCUGGAGGGGGUUAUAACCCUGGAGGAGGCAGUAAUCCCGGAGGGGGUGGUUACCCUGGAGAUGGCAACUAUCCCAGAGGGGGUUAUAACCCUGGGGGAGGCAAUAAUCCCGGAGGGGGUGGUUACCCUGGAUGGGGCAAUAACCCUGGAGGAGGCAAUCCCCCUGGAGGGGGUGGUUACCCUGGAUGGGGUAAUUAUCCCGGAGGGGGUUAUAACCCUGGGGGAGGCAGUAAUCCCGGAGGGGGUGGUCACCCUGGUUGGGGUAAUAAUCCUGGAGGGGGUGGUAACCCUGGAGGUGGUGGUCACCCUGGCUGGGGAAAUAACCCUGGAGGAUGUGGAUGUUCUAGAAAUGGGCCUGCAUGUGAGUCUUGCAACAGCUGUUGUUCGUGCUGUAAUUCGUGCAGCCAAUGCUCUUCUGGUAGAUGUCAGCCCCCACCUCCGCCUCCUUGUCAAAUGAACAGAAAUAAUUAUUACGGUCGUGAUCUGCAUUCAGGGUUUGAAGACUGGGGAAAUCGAUGGGCAGACAGAAAUAACUGGAACUAUCCACACUAUGAUAGCAAUUAUUACGGUCGUGGACUAGACUACGAUUCAUAUUAUUAGGCUCGCAAACUUUUAAAGGUGAUAUUUGUCGGGCAUUGGAAAUGCAAAAUACUUACAUGCUUAUUUUUUUCCCAAUUGUAAACCGGACCUAGAUGUAUCAAGAACCAAUUGAUAGGUGUGAUUGUAGUUUAUAAUAAAAAAAUUAAAUAUGUAUUUGUUUUGUGUAUUGCAAGGCUGUUGUACUGAAUAAACGCGUCAAUAAAAUUACGUAUUUUUUGUUCA